AUGGAUGAUAGGCCUGGUUCACACUUCACCAAAGAAGGUUGGCAGAAGAUAGUUGCUGGCUUUUUUGAGAAAAAAGGGAAGCGAUAUGAUCAACCAAAAUUUAAGAACAAAUGGGACAUACUGAAGAAGGAGUACAAAUUGUGGAAGAAAUUGCGUCUUCAUGACACUGGGACUGGAUGGGAAAAUGUCCGUAACACUAUUCUUGCUGACAAUGACUGGUGGGAGAGAAGAAUUAAGACAAAAAGGUUGCCAAGUUUCGAAUCCAAGGACCAGAAAACCUUGAGCAAUUGGAGGCACUAUGGUCAAUUUGCCACUGGUGAAUUUGCAAUGUUUGCAGGUGCAUCAAACCAAAAUGCAGUCCAAACUAAUGAAGAAUUGCUAAGGACCAGCGUCGGUGACAAUGUGCAUUCUAUCCAUCUCGGCCCUGAUGCUUCUAGUGAUCUAGAGUUUGACGUAAACAUUGAGCAGAGUAAUGAAGUGACUAGCUCCCCCACACCGACACAUCGUCAAGUUAGGAGGAGAUCAGCCAAAUCAGGGACAAGUGAGAAGAAGAAGCGUAGGGCAUCUGCGUCUGAUUAUCGCGAAGACAUUAGCAAGUCCUUAGGCAAUCUUGUGUCCGCAGUGAGCAGCCGGACAAAUGCAAUUGCCAGUCGCCCUAUUUCAUCUACAAAAGCUUAA